ACAAUGGUGACUUCAGUUUUGAUUACAGCGUUUCUAUUCUGGGUCAAUGGUUCUUUGAUCGGAAUCUCAACUGUUGCAGCAUUCGGUAUUGGCUACGAAAUCACAGCUGCCCGUUUGGAUUCGAUAAACUCCAAUAUCCGUAAAAGCAAUCUUCAAUCAGAGGAACGGUUCAACUCGACGAAAGAAUGGCAAACAUGGCAGAACAUCACUCUGGCUAAGCUAGAAAACGAAUCGAAGCUUAUUCGUGAAGAACUUGCUGAAAUGAGAUCGUUUAUACAAAAACAAAGCAAUAGUUCCAGGAGCGCAGCUAAGCCUAAUGGCACCAAAACGAUCUUCCAAACUUGUUCAGAUAAUCCAAGCAAAAUCUCCGGAGUAUAUAUGUUGCAUCCAUUUGAAAAUUUCUCAUUCGAAGCAUUUUGUGACCAAGAGUAUGAGGGAGGAGGCUGGAUAGUUAUACAAAAUCGCUUUAAUGGUUCCGUUGAUUUCGAUCGCACAUGGAAAGAUUACCAGCUAGGAUUCGGUGAUUUGAAGACAGAGUUCUGGAUAGGACUCGAGAAAAUCCACAGAUUGACAUCGAGAAAAGCUCACGAGCUCCAUAUAAUAUGGCACUAUUUUUAUGAAGAAAAAAAAAUUGUGUACAGCCACUUUGUUAUUGAUGGCGCUAACGGUAAAUAUAGGUUAGCGAAUUUGGGCAACUACAGCCCUCCAGGCCUUGGAAAUUUACUAGCUAAUGUUCUAGGAGAAAAAUUCUCCACCAGAGAUGCUAACAACUGCGUUCCUAAUACGUCGCCACGCUGUCAAAUUGAGCGAUCUGGAGGAUGGUGGAUCUCUGGAACUCGUUCAAGCCGUUACGGCAACCUCAAUCAAUUCUAUCCAGAACACGAACAUUUUCAGCGAUCAAGAAUGAUGAUUCGAGCCGUUACAAGAAAGUGA